GUUGCUGAAGAAUGGUUCACUCAUAUUUUUUUAAAACAUAAUCACUGCAGACUUGGUAAAUUUUUCAUCUGUUUUUUUUUUUUUUCUCAAAAGAAUAAUUAAAUAAUGAAAACGAAUAGACCUGUUCAGUGAGUGCCAUCUAUAAAUAGCGUGCUCUCAUGCCAGAUCUCUCACUCCUCACCAAGCAACAAAACUUAGAACAAUUUAAUCAAGAAAGCUGCCUUACAACAAUGAAAGGUGUUCACUUCCAUGUAGCAUUUGUCCUGUUGGCUCUAGCUUUCACAUUUGCCUCUGCCUUUGAUCCCGGCCCUCUUCAGGACUUCUGUGUAGCAAUUAAUAGCACCAACGAUGGUGGUAUUGGUAAUAUUUUUGUUUCCAUUUAUGCAGUUUUUGUUAAUGGCAAGUUUUGCAAGGACCCAAAGCUCGCCACCGCAAAUGACUUCUUUUUCCCCGGGCUCAACAUUCCACGAAAUACAGCAAAUCAACUAGGAUCAAAAGUCACUCUAGUCACUGUUGAACAAAUACUAGGACUUAACACGCUUGGCAUAUCUCUUGCUCGACUUGACUUUGCACCCAAUGGUGGCCUAAACCCCCCUCACACUCAUCCUAGAGCCACAGAAAUCCUAGUCGUUUUGGAGGGCACACUCUACGUUGGCUUUGUUACAUCCAACCCGGAUAAUCGUCUCAUCACCAAAGUCCUAUACCCAGGAGAUGUUUUCGUUUUCCCAAUCGGUCUCAUUCACUUCCAGUUCAACAUAGGGAACACCAAUGCUGUUGCCAUUUCUGGUCUUAGCAGCCAAAACCCAGGGCUUAUCCCCAUUGCAAACGCAGUCUUUGGCUCAAACCCUCCCAUCAAUCCUGAUGUUCUUGCCAAGGCCUUCCAGUUGGACAAGACUGUGGUUACCUAUCUUCAGUCCCGAUUCUAGUGAGAUAACAACUAGAGGAAAAUUUAUACACCCAUGAAAUUUAUUUAACAGCUUGUUCGGAAUAAUGUUUGACUUGUUUCUGUCAUUGAAUUUAGUGUAAUUCUUGGGUUGGAAUAUAUAAAAUAAAAAGGUUGCUUAUGUUCUUUGGUUUAUGCAAACCUCUCUGUAUUUCAUUUUGAUUAUUUAAUAUGGAGUAUUGCAAUUUGCUUUUAGUUUGGGCCCACCCCUUCUUCAUCUAGGGAAAUGAAUGCAUGACAUGAUUGGCCACGUAUAGUUUAGUGAAGUUAAAACUUUUGGAUGCCUGAAUGGCUGAUGCAACAAUAUCUAAAUUUACCUUCACAUCGCGUUUUGAAUUACUUAUGCAACAAUAUCUAGAAUAGUUAAUAAAUGAAUAAUGACCUUGAUCCUUGUUGAGACUUGAGACUGUUCCCUUCAUAAAUUAAAAACUAACAUUGUAGCAGCCACUGGAUGCAAGCUUUAUAUGCAAUUUCCAUUUAAACAGGAAAUGUUUGAUUUGUUCCGCCAAUUGGAAUUCUUA